AUGAGCCAGGAAAGCAUGAUGCACCUUGCGUUGGUACACGUCCUCUGUUCGGCCGUGCCAACUUUGACCCCUGCAGGUGGUACCGCCUCAGCUCAGCUAUCGUUCCCUAGGCUGAGAACAAGAGUAUGGCGUGCAUGUGAAAUAUGCCGAAAGCGCAAGAUCAAAUGCGAUGGCCAGGAUCCAUGUGCUUUUUGUUCUACGAACAAGAAGGAUUGUACAUUCAAAGAAAUAACGGAUUAUGCUUCUGGAAGUCGCCAGAUAACAAACAAUUUUGAAACCCGACUAGCGCAGCUGGAGAAGAUCGUUAUGCCGAUGACGACCGUUUUCGAAAAAUGGGCCAAGGAGAACAUACCGGAAAUGAUCAUAUUACCCAGUGAACCAGACGCGCUGACGGAGCCGAUAUCUUCGCCCGAGACUGCUUUCGAAAGCGGGGAACAAGAAGAACAUACAUUGACGGACCGAUUUUCCCACUUGACAAGGGAUUCAUUGGGUAACCUGCGCUUCAUAGGCGGCGCGUCGUCCCUAGUUUUAGUAGAGGCGCUGCGGUCAUUGCGAGCUUCCCAGACCCCCGAUACUUCACCAGUUUCUCUUCAAUCCGAAACCGUGAGUAAAAGCACUGAAAACUUCCCAAGGGAACUACCGUUCUUUCGACCAAAUGUGCAUUUUCGACGAUUCGAUGUCCUGGCGGCCCACUCAGGAAAACCAUCAGGCGAUCAUGCCUUUCUUUCAUCCUUGUUCGCGGUCUUUGCCUGUGCACAGAGCUUGUCUGCUGAGAAAGCUCCAGCUCCGGCAUCAGAACAAGGCUGGAAAUGGACGGUACCGUCUGAAUACGCAGGGCUCGAGUUAGUUUGGACUUAUCACUAUAACUUGGGACCAGAACGAUCGCCAAAACGACUUCGAUUUUCUGAAAUUGCAAAAGAACAGAGAAGGAGAAUUUGGUGGUGUGUAUACGGUUUAGAUAGGGUGCUCUCUAUUUCCCUUGGGCGUCCCGGAGCAACAAACGAAGACGACUGCGAUGUCGAAUAUCCCUCCCAGGUUGACGAUGAUGACCUCGAAGCAUAUUGCAGGGGUCAAAUCAAAGAAUCGCAAACGUCAUACAUGUGCGGUUUCGUGGCCCUGCUCAAGAUAUACGUUGUCGCUGGAAAGAUUGUCCGUUCUGCGCACUCUUUGCAGCUCUUACGAGAGAUGGACGGGACAAAAGCCCAGAUACCUCAGGUUAUACAUCAUCUAGAUGUCAUGUUAGAGGAUUGGAUUGAGUCUCUGCCUCCAAACGUCAAGUAUGCUGCGAACGAAGCAGGGAAUCCUAAAAUGCUCACGCUGUGUUUGAUUGCUUUCUUCGUAUAUUACUCUGCGACCAUUAAUUUCCAUCGGCCGUUCAUUCCCUAUCCGAAAGAGGUCCAUCCGACUAGCGAAGCCUCGUUGACGAAGUGUGUGAGCGCAGCACGCGCUUGUAUAAGAAUUGGAGAUAUGGUGAAGGGUACACUCCCUACUUCUCACCAUUUGGCAUACGCAGUACAACAGGUGUGCAUUUCCGGGGUAAUACUGUUACGGGUAGUAACCCAAGUGACCGACUCUGUGCUUGUCAACGUUAUUCUUGUUGAUGCGGAGAAGUGUUGCAGUAUGCUGAAAGGCAUGCAGGACGUGUGGUCAGGUGCAAAGCGCUGCAAGGAGAUUGUCGCGGAACUUCUCAACGUAGUGAAAGCAAAAUGGGAUCAGAUCAAGCAUACUUUUACGGUCGAGAAAAGGAAAGCUGAGGAUAAAGGAUCGUCAAGGGAAACCCGGAUGCGCCUGGAUCUGCUGGGGACAGAUGUAUUCACAGCAGAAGAUCACGCAAUGGAGGAAACGCGGAUAUCAAACUCCGGUGCGCCACACGCUACCGACGGGCUGCCUGGAGAGUUUGAGCGUGACAUGUCUCUGCUGGAUCCUGGGGCCUUAAAUCCGUCUUUUUACGGUUAUGAUUUUUUGGGUAACGACUUGGAAGUGAUACUGGGACAUGUCCUCGGAGAGGAUGAGGCCCAAAGCAGUAUUUACGAUGCUCAGAUGCUGUGGGAAGCGUGGGAAGGAGAAAGCUCGUUGUCAUGA